GCGGCUCAUGGGUGUCAGCAGCAGCGGUGAUGUUCACCGUAUGAGUGUGCUAGGCGCUGUGCUUUCUUUGUUCCAUCCUUGGAUAAAAUAAUCGUAGUAAUUCCCGCACAAUGUCCGGAUUACCGAGGAGAAUCAUCAAGGAAACGCAGCGCCUCAUGGCCGAACCUGUGCCCGGCAUUAGUGCAAUUCCGGACGAACAGAACGCGAGGUACUUUCACGUUGUCGUAGCCGGUCCCGAAGGGUCACCGUUUGAAGGAGGGGUGUUUAAAUUGGAACUGUUUCUUCCUGAAGAGUACCCGAUGCUUGCUCCCAAAGUGCGCUUCAUGACAAAGAUCUACCACCCCAACAUAGACAAGUUAGGUCGUAUAUGUCUGGACAUACUCAAAGACAAGUGGAGCCCAGCACUCCAGAUCCGCACGGUGCUGUUGUCCAUCCAAGCUUUGCUCAGUGCUCCUAACCCCGACGACCCCUUGGCGAAUGACGUGGCAGAGCAGUGGAAGGUCAACGAGGCAGAAGCCAUCCGAACAGCGAGAGAAUGGACAAGGCAAUACGCAAUGGACGUCUGAGGCAUAGCAAGAGAAAAGGUGGCAAUGGCUGACGGCGACAAUGCUUCCGUGGAAGUGUUUUUUGUUUUUGUUUUCUUUAAAAUGGCAAGAUUGAGAGGAACUAAGUACACAAGGCAAGGAGAACUGCAGGAAAAGGACACUGUCGUCGAUGUGGCCCAAAAACAUGGCACCCACAAGCGGUGCUGUCCAUGGGGCCAUGAUUGUGUUUCUUCCGCCACGUUUUUUCAUCAUCCAUUGCUCUUCUAGAACGGGGGCGCUGAGCGUGAAACUGGUGCAAGAGUUUUUCGGGAAGGGCCGUCGUCGUCAUCGGUGUGUCUACGUUUUGAGCUCGCAGUCUUUCCAGAAUUUUGUCUCCUGGUCUUCUUUUUUUUUUCUAGCUUAAUGAAUUGCUGCUUGCUCUCUCAUGCCUACUGUUUUUGACCUUUAUCGUUUGCCCCGAAUUUCCGGUGUUACGGCGAAACUGUGAAUACCGUCGUGGCCUUGUAAAUAAUUGCUUCCUCCUUUUCGCGUCACUUUCUCAAAUGACGGGUGAUGACGAUCGUGGCAUUAGUGAUUCAAAAUGUGACUUAAUGAUUGCCGCCGUGACUACCCCCAGCCCACGCUGCACCCCCGCCGCUUUAAUGGAUCACAGUGGUGAUGCCACGCCUCGCAUGCAACUCUCCUUCCUCAGACAUCCCCCCCUUCCUGCUCGUGCUUACUAUUUCUUUUUUCUUUCCUGUCUUCAAACGUUCCACGGCAUUCAGCAAUCGCGGGCACGCAUCCAUGCGUGUUUGUUGCUGUGACGAGACACGAAUGACGACGAACACCCGACUCUUCUCUGGAUUACAAUGUGUGUGCAUGUGCGCAGUUUGGUUUUGUUGUUUUGUUUUUUUUUUGCUAUUUUUUUUUCUUCCGGAGAUGGGGGGGGGGGGGGUGUCUGGGUGUAUGGAGCUAUACAUGAAAAUGAAAUGUGCACUUAGGAAACCAUUAUUAUGAAUUUUUCCUUUUCAAAGGUCUUGUACAAAGUCUCCAAAUAAAUUUUUUUUCUUUUUAAAAAUUGA